CUCGCACCGCCUCCCACACCAUGCCGUCGUCCUCGACGGUCUUCUACAGCGCGCUGGCAGUGGCCAGCGCAGCCCUGAUACACGGCUAUGCCAUGCGCCUGCCCGGCUUUGAGAGCGCUACCGAGCUCCUCUCUACCCCGGCAUGCUUCACGCAACCGGGGGUGCGGCACCUGCCCCUCCCGCCGGCGCUGGACCAGGCCGCAUGCGCCGUCUCUUCGAUCUUCCGUGCCGUGCACGGCCCCGGGCGUCGCGUCGCUGACGUCCUCGGCGCCCUCCUCGUGCCCGCGACCACUGCGAUGGUCUACGAGUCCAUGCGGCCCGUCCACCGCCUCUCGGCGGCCGGCACGGCCGCGCGCGCCGCCUCGCUCUUCAUGCUGAUCGCACAAGCCCUCGGCGGCGUAUGCUACGCGGCGUACUUCCUCGCGGCCUCGCUCUCGACCGCCGCGGGCGGCCGCAUCGCGCACUCCCGCGCCAUGCAACAGCCGAAACCCGGCAAAGCGCUGCUGGCGUACGCGCUCCCCACGCCGCCGCAAGCGUGGGGCGUCCUCGUCGCCUUGUUCGGAUACAUCCUCCCCUCGCUCCCCAUGCUCGGCCGGUGGGGAUACACCUCUACGGCGGUAUGGCAGAUCUUCCCGCUCUUCGUGCUCGCGCUCGCAUGCGCGAGCCCGCGCAUCAUCGCGGCCCUGUGGCCGUUCGCGCGCACGGAAGGCUCGCGCGCGUUCGCGAUCGUCGCGCUCACGGCGAUCAGCGCGCUCCCCUCCAUCCCCGCGCACCUCCGCUUCCUCCCCGCGCUCGCGGACAACCUGCUGCUCCGGCCGCAGCCGCGGCCCGCGUCGCUCGCGCACGCCAUGCACGUCCUCCUCCUCGCCGAGCUCGGCGUCAUCUCCCUCGCGGUCGCGAGCUACGUCCUCACCGCCGACGGCGGGAGCGGGCCAGACGUCCGCGGCCGCUUCCUCCUCUUCGCGCUGCUUGCGUGUGUCAUCGGCCCCGGCGGCGCGCUCGCCCUCAUGUGGGGAUAUCGCGAGAUAUGCCUCACGUUCGCGUACGAGCGCAUCGACCAGGGCGACGCGGUGCGCCUCGAAAAGCACGAAAGCGCCAUCGAGCAGUAGACUGAUGCGAUGUACACAUAUGCUCGGAUAGCCGAGCUCUGCGGCGUC